UGUAUUCACCACUUUUAAUUUUAAUAAAAAGUAUACGAUAUGAGCUCCGAUUAAUAGUGUCUUUACUAAGUUAACUGUUGAAUAAAUACAUAUUUUUUGCUCAUUUUUAGAUCUGUGCGUUAAAUUAGUAGAUAACCUACAAUACUUCUUACGUAAUUACCAAAAUGGGCAACAAGGUGUCAGCUGAAGCUGGCGUGAACAUGCAGAAUAAUCGUAAACCUCCUCCUGAGUGUCCUAUGCACAACAAAGAAAAUAAUACACCUGAAAAUGCUGUAAUAAUGUCAGAACCUCAAGCACUGCAAGGUGAUACCAAAGUCGAUCGUAAUAAGCCUUCAGAGUGUCCAGUGCAACAUGGAAAUGAUAUUAACCCCUACAAUAUGAUGCCAGCUGCAAAUCAACAACCAUCUCCAGACCAGCCCUUCUCAUUGCCAACAAAUAGACAGGUUUCUUCAAUUCCAAGAGCCAUGCCCGACGGUUCUACAGAGUUUUGGGUGUAUCCUAGCCAGCAAAUGUUCUGGAAUGCAAUGUUACGUAAAGGCUGGAGAUGGAAAGAUGAAGAUAUUAAACAAAAAGACAUGGAUGAUAUCAUUCGAAUACAUAAUGCUAAUAAUGAACAAGCGUGGCAAGAAGUUCUGAAAUGGGAAGCACUGCAUGCAAAAGAGUGUGGACACCCUCGUCUUAAGAGUUUCGGCGGGAAGGCAACUGAAUACAGUCCCAGAGCCCGUUUUCGUUCUUUAAUGGGGUACGAAUUACCAUUUGACCGUCACGAUUGGAUUGUUGACAGAUGUGGGAAAGAAGUUCGCUAUGUCAUAGACUAUUAUGAUGGCGGCGAAGUUGACAAUAAAUAUCAGUUUGCUCUUCUAGAUGUCAGGCCAGCUUUAGAUUCAUUUGAAAAUAUGUGGGAUAGAAUGAAAGUAUUUUAUAUGAGAUACCGCUAUGAACUAAUCGGAAAUAAAGAAAAUCCAAAGUUGACUAAUUGAACAUGUGUCUAUUGUUCACAAUAAGUAAUUUUACAGAAGGCAUUAUCAUCAGGUAUUAUUUUGUGGGGUUCUUCUGUCGACUUCAAAGUCACAGUUGAAACUCUUUGUGAUUGUAUUUUGGUGUUGUUAUUUGCAAACAGAGAAUACCUGUGUUUGAUAUUUAUUCAGAUGUAAUUUCAUUAUUUAAACAUCUUUCGUCUGUAAAAUCUGUUCUAUUUAGAAUUUGUUAUCGUUGUUUUUCAUUCAGCAGUGUUAAGAAUUCGUUAUUUACUUUUUAAUAAUGUUCAAUAAAUUAGCGUCAUAUUCGACAGUAAUGUUUGAACUUUAGAAAUAAUAUAAUUUAAAAUUUGUAUAAUCUCUUGAUCAUUUACCUGUACUACUCAGCUGUAAUAAAAUCAAUAGAAGCCAC